UUGACUAGCUUCCGCUUAUCGCUGCAGGACUAUCACCACUAUCACUCACUUGUUUCCGGAAGCGUCGAAUAUCCGAAUGCCGUCUUGAGUGACUACUACGGGUUUGACCCACCGUGUCUACGCAGUCGCAUCGGCGCCAUCGCCCAGAACGCCAGAUGUGCACUUGUAAUUGAUAGCCCAGGGUUUGGGCAGGUGAUUUUUGUGGCAAUUGGAGCAGUGGAGGUUGAAACCGUUCAGUAGGUGCACAUCCCUUUCCCUGUCCAAACAAGGACGUUCGCUUGAUAAGCAAACGGUUACACGCAAUACUUGUACUAAGGCCGGGGGGAAACAGUUUCAGCGAAGAAGCACGAAUUCCGGGGCGAAGAUCGAAAAGGGGAAGGAGUUGGGAAUGCCUGAGUCCGGUGGGUUGAAUGUUGCGGUAAUCUUUGAGCAAGGUCAAAUCGAACUCGAUGAUGAAGAUCUGCUCAGUGUCAGUAAACGAGGGGCACGGGUGGACGUUGGGGUAGGUCAGAGACUGAGAAGGGCU